AUGGAAGUAAUGCCUCUGUGCGUACAAGCGACACGAUAACGAUGGCUUUAACCCGAUGAAUGGAUGUGUGUGAACUGUACAGACACCCGGACUAAGGCGACAGGGAAACGGUAAGUUAGGCCUCCCCUGUUCACUUUGCUAGCUUGAGCUAACACUGUACGGUGAGCUAAUGAGCCUGUGUUUUCCUCUUGCAGCAUCAGCACCAGACCCACACUGUGGCGAUAACAAUAUCCGACACUGUAGUUUACUUUGCACCCCGUGCUGUUAGUCAAAAUAAGCGUUGCGACACCCAAAGCUGUCAGUGAACGUUAAACUUACCUUUAUUUACCUGUUAACAGUUGUUAAGUUUGAGAAGCUGGUGAGGGAAGCCAGUAUGUGAGAUAGGAGCUGAGACCUUGACCACCCAGAUCAGCAUGUUUAUUAGCGACCCUUCCUGCUACUGUUUCUGCAGAAACCAUCAGGUGCUUUUCAUAUUGUCAACAGGUUUACACCUGUAGAUUGACAUAGACUACAAGUGACUGUAUGAGCCUCCACAGGAUUUUUGAAUGAAGGGAACCACGUCCUGCAAAUGGCACACUAAAAUUCAUAAUAUAAUCUUAAUUAUGUGUUUCCGAUAUAAAACCUGCACUUCUGCUACCUCAGUCAGUGUCUGUCUGUAAACAAUCCUUAUUUCAACCUUCAUCACAUUACAGGUGUUUUAAACCCUCUAUAGAUCACUGAGAUGAUACCACAGUCUUUGUUCACAGAGUCAACUGAGGGUUUGUAGGGACACAGUAAAGGCAUAGUUAAGAAUAAAUGUAGGAAUAAAAUCUUAUGGAGUUGUCAUGCUUUUUUUCAGGCAUCAUAUUUUCCUCUUGACACCUCUGUGUGUCUGAUUUACAGCUCAAAUGAUUAGCUAUUGUGUCUUUGGAAACCCUCAACUUAGCUUCAUUUCAGCUACUGUCUGUUUUAGGUCCUCGAGCACUCUGAAAGCCUCCUCUGCUGUUGCUAUUUUUUAUGUUCUUUCAGUGAUUUCCACCGAAUAGUGAUGUCAUGAUGUGGUCAUAUCUCAUGUUCAUUUUUAAAAUAUGAAGGCAAGAUUUCAUGAAUACAUUUUGUCGACUGAGUUUUUAUUUAGCUUUGUUUGCGCUGUGUUUAAAAACUAUAUAUUUCACUGUAUCCUCUCUUGUAUUCGCUGUUCAACUAAAACAGAAAUGACCUCUUUACCUAUUUGGCUAUUUUGCACAAAUAUUUUGAAAACUAAGCUCUGUUUUUAAGAUGUAAUAUAAUGUCCAACACCUUAUCUACUCAUAUUAAGACUCAGAAUUCAUUAUUUAAAGGCAAAGAAACAAAUAUCAUAGAUUUAGUAUGUACCUAUAGUCAGAGACCUAUAUUGUGUGAAGAGCACCAUCUUGUCUGCCAUAUUUCUUUAUUAACACAUUCAGUGGAAAUGAUUCUCACAACCCACACUCAUUAGCAGCAUUUCUCUAAGCUAUGUCUGAGCCUUCACACUGUGUCUGUCAUGUCCGCCAACACAUUGGCAUCCCAGUGGACUUGAGUUUAUGGAUCUUAAUCACUGACCGUCUUUCAUAUGGUGUUGCAAGGAGAAUCUAUGUUGUAAGUGUUAAUACUUAUACUAAAAAUGUCAUGUGGUGCAACCAUAAUUUAUGUCAAAAUUGUUACAUUUUAAAAAAAAUACUUCAUAGUUUUUUACAAAUUGUCAGUUAUAUCAAGUAGAUAGAAACAAAGUGUUUGCAUUUCAUUUGAGGUUUUGUAAAUAAUGAUCUCACAUUUUAGCUCUAUGUCACAAUCACAAUAUUAAAUGAAGUUAACUAUUUUUUUCUUUAAAUUGCAUAAUACUGAUCAAAAUGUUUUAAAACUACCUUUCACUUAAGCAUAUUGUAUCAGGUAAUGUUUCAGUUACAGAAAUUAGAUAUUUUAGUUUACAAUUAAUGUUAUUAUUGGUCACACCACAUGAUAUUUUGACACUUUGAAGUUCAGAAAAAUUACAAAUAAGACCUGAUCUUUGAAACGUCAAAGUGACUACAUAUAUGAGAGAGAUACUACAUAUAGAAAGUAUAUUUUUGUGAGAAUAUUUAGGCGUCACGUCAUUGACCUGUAUACAGUCUAUGAUUAAAGAUAGUGAUAAAGAGCAAAGGUCAGGAAUUGUUUGGGUAUCAAAUAGUUAUCACGUGAAGUACAGUGACCUCUCUUAAUUGUUAAUGGUCCACGGUGAGGCAAAGAGCUGUAAAGGUGCAGUGUUUCACUCCUGCUACAGAGUCAGCGCUGCCAAGGAGGUCUGUUGGAGCUUUGGAUGUAACGUGAGAAACAUUUGGUCCCUGGAGUUACAUUGACACUCUGGCAGAUCUCAGGCUACAUAAAUCAGUUGUACAAGUCAACUCGUACUGUUCUGCAGCACAAACAAUAGCAGGUGGAUGUGUUGGUUUGAAUAAUAGAUGAGGAAAUGUAGACCGAGUAAAAAGGGAGGUGUUUGUCUCAACUAGAAAGAAAGAAUCAGUCAAAGUGCCAGGGUGACAUUGAGAUUUAGCUGAAAGUGAUGAGUCCACUUGAAUGCAUACUCUCAUCUUGAGGCCUCUCCUUUCAGCUUUUGUUGGUGUUGCUCAAGUCAGUGCACUUUGUAACUCAGCACCUUGGUUCUCGGAUGUGCUCCCAGCUCCUACUGUUGUCCCCAGACCGCGCCCACGUGCUCCCUGAGGUGCUGCGGUCAGACUGACACAUGAGCUGCUGACAUGGUGGCUCAGUUUGCACAUUUCCCUCUCUCUCCUGGGCUUUCUUGCCAGGCAACACUGCUCAUAUCUCAUUUGGUGUGCCUAACCUCAGGACUGUUUGCAUUAUCAGCACCACUAAAGCCAUUCUUUUAAGCUGCUUCAUACAGUUUUCCUGCCUUUGACACAGAAUGUUUGUUUUCACCUUUCAGCCCCUGCCAUGGCAGCAGGUGUCAGCAUAUUGAGUGACCUGCCUUACUUGCCGAGUGGAGCCCACAUUGUGGAGAUCAGCACAGAGAUGGAGACAGGUAGGAGAGCUUUGCAACACAGAAACAACACCAUAGAAGCUGCUUCAUUUUGUAAUUUUAUUAAUUUGCAAAACAAUGACACAAAGCUGUAGACUUGAAAUGUUAUUGUUAGAUAUGCUCAGUAUUAGGGGUAAGAAUCACUAGUGAACCCAUUAUAUGAUAUCAUGAUAAUUGGGCCACGAUACGAUGUUAUUGUAAUUUUUCACAUUUUGCAAUACAGUGAGUACAAUAUAUUGCGAUUUAUGUAAUUUUUUCCUCUGUUUAGCUAAUUUAGCAUUUGGCUUUCCUUUAUGUUUGUCCUAUUUACAAUGUAUUUUAUUUUCAUCUAGCACAUCUUGCUAACCUUAUAUAUACAUAUUUGUUGUACUAACUUUCUCCUGCUCUUUGAUGUCACCUCUGCCAACCUCAAUGGACAAACAGUUGAUUUUAUUGUUUCAAUUAUCAUAGAUUUGACUUCAUAGUAGCACUUUAUUUGAAAAAUCGAUACUCAGUAAAUGAGACGAUAUGAUAUAUCCUCAGACAAAAUAUCACAAUACUAUGCUGUAUCAUUUUUUUCUGGCCUCCUGAAGGAGCCUUCAUUAAGUUUUACUUGAUUUGGCAACAAUAACUGGUGCUGAUAGUUUGCAGGUCAAGAGAUACGUAUCCACGCCAUUGACAUUAAUAAUAGAUAAACACUGGCAUCUCUUCAGUUUUGAUGCUGACACUCUUGUGUCAUUGUGUAGUUGAAAUUUGGAGUUUUAAGUGUUUGCUAAAGUUGUUCAUAGAAAGAUUCCUAUCAUAUCGCUUACUUCAGUUUUUUAUAUGCUGUGGACUUCAGUCAAACAACCUACCUACUAGCACAGUGUCCUUUGUCCACUACCUUUGAAUGAAUUUGUAAUGGUUGUAAAAACCUCAACGCACCGUACAAUGUUGUCUCUUGAUUAUUUAACUCAACUUAAAGAAGGGAAAAUAAAGCAUAAAAUCUGUAAGUCAGUGUGUGUAGUUACAUUAACAGUCUUAAACAUGAGAUUCAACAUUCAGGAAAUCCUCUGAUUUGUGGGUUCAGUCAUGAGAAAACUCUCUGCAGGCCAGCUUUAUUUUAGAGGGUAACAUUUCAAGAAUAAACACAUAAAUGUAAAAUAUAAAAUUUAAAAAAGGUCAGCUUCAUUUUAGAGGGUAACAUUUUAAGAAUAAAGAUGUUAAUGUAAUAAAUCAAAUUACAGUAAAAUACUGUAAAAUAAAAUAUGUAAAUACCAACUUUUACUAAGUAAGCACUAAGGUGUAAUGGAAAAAAUGGCAAAAAAGUGAACAAUGAAAAAUGACACCGUAAAAAAUACAAACGUGUUGGUAAUGAGUGGAACUAAGAACUGCAGCUGAUUAUCAGUUUGCUUUAUUUUCUGACCUUAACAUCAGAUGCAGCCUGUUAGCCUUUGCUGCAGCUCUGAGUCGCUCUUCGCUGUGUGUCAGUCCGCCUGCUGAGAGCCUCAGUGAGCCCAUGGGAUCAUUUCACCUUUUGGCUUCAGUGGGGUGUCAGAACGGCUGCAGUAUUGUUGAGCACGCAGGUUCCCCUGUUGUUAAGGCUGUGCUGUUAAUGGUAUCGAAAUACUUAAAAAUGUAUGUGUUUAUUACCACUCUUGUUGUUAUUUUCCGGAUGUACACUAAGAAAGCUGAAAGUCCUUCUGUGUUGUGGAAAAUGUAGCCGGUUCAUGUUUUUGAAUAAGCUUACUGGGAAUCAAAAUGAGCUUUAAAAAAGUUGAACUUUAUUUUGCUGUUUUCCAUUAACAGACAUACAACUUCCAAACAUAGACCCCCUCCCCCAAGUCUCUUUAACAAAAAAUAAAUUGAACAGAAAAAUACUUAGACAGUGACCUCUUAUAAGUUCAAAGAAUUAAUGUUUUGAGCAUGAAAAAGAUUUUUAAAAAUACUAAAAAAGAAAAAGAAAACUAAAACUAUAAACACUACUACUCUCAGCAAUGCGCCUCCUUCAUUUCAAACCUUAAAAUCCAUCUGAGGGUGCUGGUAAUUUUAUAUGUAAUGUGCAGUAAAAUGUCACAUUGUCUUGUAUCAUGUAACCCUUCCAGCAGUUAGAAAUGUAUUCAAUCAGAAGUGGAGGAGGUGUGAUUGUAAGCAGCACACCAUUAGAUGUUUGACCUUGUAAGAAGGCGUGCUCACUGCUGUCCUCUCUUGUUAACAAGCUGUGCUUUGUUUAUGUGUAUAAUUUGUCUAUCCCCCAUCUGCCUCCCACUGACGAUUAUGGAGGUGGUUGUCAUGGUGACUCUUCAAAUGCUGCUGAUGAACUCUGUGCCAGUGGGGGGAAUAUUGUGUGAUGAGUCACCAUGAGCACAGAGCUGUCCAGCUAUGAGCUGCUGUCAGUGCAAAGACAGGCGCAGCACAGUGCAGCAGCACAGCGAGAUGCCUCUGCAGUGAGCACACCGCUCUUAGCUGGUGAGAUGAUGGGCAGCAUGAGGGGGCACGACCGCAGGCACUCUGCCUCGGACAUCCUGCUGAAGGUCUUGCAGCGCAGACGUGGCUCGGCCCUGGAGAACCUCUCCUCCUCCUCCCACAGAGUCAUCGUGGCCAUUAGCAUGAACCAGCCCGAGCCUUCCACUGAAAGAUGGACCAGGAGAUGUAAACACAACAGAGGAAGAGCUAGUGUUUUUCAUGAGGGAGUUUGUUGAUAACUUCCGCUGCGAGGAAAGCAUGCAAUAAUUCUUGAUACCUGUUAUCAGAUUGUUUUUAUGUGGUCUUUUUUUGUUCUCAGCCAAUGCAAGGAUCCCUACAGCAAAGUACACCAAGAUGGGGGAGACCCUGAGGCAUGUCAUCCCGGGUCACAUGCAGUGCUCCAUGGCCUGUGGAGGGAAAGCCUGUAAAUAUGAGAACCCCUCUCGCUGGAGUGACGAGGAGCAAGCCAUCAAAGGACUUUACUCGUCCUGGUAUGUCGGCCUGUCUUACAAAUCGGUGUUGAUGUACUUGUCCUGUCAGCACUGUGUCUAGUCAGCAUGGGUCACUUCAGUUCAGUCCACAUCAUUAACUACAUCCCAAAGUCAAUAAGUUUGUCCUGGUUUUUGUCCUUCACCAUGUUCUGUUUUCAUAAUGGAAUCAAGACCUAGUUUCUGUGCACCACUACACUUGCUGUGUCACUUAAGAGUUAUUUUCAACCUCCUAACAUUUCUAAUUCGUCAUUAUUAUUUAAUCAAUCUGCUUGGUAAACCUUUUCUCCUCCUAACUUUUUUUAUAUUCUUCAUUUCUAGGAUUACUGACAACUUGCUAGCUAUGGCAAGGCCUUCCACUGAAAUCAUAGAGAAAUAUAAUAUAAUUGAACAGUUUCACAGGUACAGCCAUCACUUCUUUCUCACACCUUUUAAAUCAGUAUUUUUAAUGUGAUUAUUUUCAGCAUUAAAGGAAUAUUCCGGCGUAAAUUUAGGUUAUGUUCAAACACACCGUAACACAGAGUUAGACACCACCUCGAGAGAUGAAUGUUGCUGACUGCUUGCUUCUCUAGUUAUACCAACUUCAGUAACGACCGCAUGAUAGCAAAACACAGAGGUCUAUGUGUCUAAGCACAAACCUCAACCAAAAAGCCACUCUAUAGCUACAAAUAAUGCUCAGAACAGCACCUAACUUCAUCAACAGUACAUACAGGGUCCCAGCCAUAGUACUAGCCAUCAAACAUCUUUUUAGCUUUACCUGGUUUCUUUAGCAAAGAGACCAAACACAACUCACCUACUCUCCUCCAGCAGCUGCUUGUUUGUGGGGGAGCCCUGACGAGUUGAUCACCAAGUGCAGAGAUAAAUCUAUGAUUAUUACCUCAUGGAAAUGCAAUGAGACUGAGAUGCUAAGGCAGAAAAACUUCCGCGUCUCCAGUCCACAUACAGGUACACGAGAACUCUUAUUGCAUUUUCUAUGAAGUAAUGAUCAUAAAUGUUCCUCCUUGAGCUGCGAAACUCCGCUGCACUCAGUGAUUGACUUGUCAGAGCUCCCCCACAAACAAGCAGCUGCAGGAGGAGAGUGGGUGAGUUGUGUUUAGUCUCUUUGCUAAAGAAAUCAGGCAAAGCUAAAAAGAUGUUUGGUGGCUAGUACUAUGGUUGGGACCCUAUAUGUACUGUUGAUGAAGUUAGGUGCUGUUCUGAGCAUUAUUUGUGGCUAUAGAGUGGCUUUUUGGUUGAGGUUUGUGCAUGGAGAUGUAGACCACUGUGUAUUGCUAUCGUGCUGAAGUUGGUAUCACUAAAGAAGCAAGCAGUUGGCAAUAUUCAAUUCUCGAGGUGGUGUCUAACUCGUGUUCAGUUUGUUUGACCAUGACUUAAACUACGCUGAAAUAUCCCUUUAAAUUACAGAGGAAUUAAAUUUAGUUUUUGAAUCGUUGGGUCAGGCUCUUCAUGUUGCAGUGAUGUUUUUGUAUUACCAAACUGUUGUCAUCUACUUAAUUCUUUGCUAACUGAUGCAGAAGUGUCUCUUUGCUCAGGUGUGGCCUGAAGACUGUCAUUAACCUGCAGCGGCCUGGAGAACAUGCUAGCUGUGGCAACUCACUGGAGCAGGAGAGCGGCUUCACUUAUCGACCCGAAACGUUCAUGGAGGCAGGCAGUGAGUUGCAGCAUCCCCCCCUCAUCAACACACACACUGUAAACUCUAGUAUGACUUCACACUGAGCCAGUAUCAGACUGACCAACCUCUUCAACCAACACUCACAAAGUAUACCAGUGUUUCCCCUAUAGAGUAUAAAAUAUAAUUUGUGCAAUUUCAGACUCUAAAGCUCACAAUCAUUUCAUUACUUUCAAGAAAAAUGUUUCUCUCCGCUCCUCUGUGAAGAGCAGAGCUCUCCGCUCGCUCCUCUCUCUAUCUCACAACAUACAUGCGUGCUGACAUGCCGCACUGUGUAGUUCAGAGGCGUGGCAUGUCAGCACCACUGAUUCUGGUAUUCUGGUCGUAAACUCUUGCCGCCAAUACCCUGCCAGUUUUGCGCAGGAUGGUUUUUAUAACCCGGGGUUCCUUUCCAUUUUGUUUGCCGCAAACAAAACAAUAAAAAAACUGGUCAUGGAGCACCGACCUGUCCGCGAAUGUUCAGUACCUCAAUUUAAAGUACCUGCAUUCUUCAAAAAGAUGGUACGUGGUGAUGAAGAUGCCGCACAUUCUCUUGUGGAUGGUAGCUUAAGCAUCUCUCCCAGACCCGAAAACAGCACUGGCUCAUCUUUGUUACAAGGAGGGCAGUCAAGAUUCAUCCUCCUAACAAGCUCCCCUGAGAUCUUUCCCCAGGUCACCUCAUUACAGCGUCAGCUGCGAUCUUAAAGAUCUGUCAGUUUCACAACUCUCAGAAAACAAAUACAGGCCCAGGAGGUUUCUGUGAGAGUCUGCCAAAGUAUUGAUACUUCAGUCGUUUUUCAACAAGUGUUAAAAACUGUACAAACUUUAUUUAUCUUACAUUAGAUUGAAAUAAAAGUGCUAAAGUUAGAAGUCCAUUUGUCAAUAAACAGGUUUGACUCAAGGCAGCAACAGAAGCCAGUGAGCAAGAAAGUGGAGGAAAAGGCAGCAGCACUACUGAGUUAGGGAAUUAAAAUGCUCUUUUCUAUUUUUUAAAUUGUCUCUUUCGUCGAGACCAAACACCCACACUUCCUCUGAACCCUGUUUGGACGUGGAAGAACAGACAGUAAAGGCAGAGGGUUGAGUCUUUGGGAGGGUAUGCUUUUCUAGUAAAACUAGAUCUUCAAAUAGUUAUCGAGUACUAAUCUAGUUCAGACUCAACAAACCAAAAAGCUCUGUUUAGACACUCAUCCUCUGUUGAUUGUAGCCCAAGGCUUCAAGAUUCGAAUUGAUAAAAACUUGAUGGGUAGGGUUAGAAAGGUGUAAAAUUAUAAGAUCUCUGCCCCCGUCUGCUCUGGGCUCUAUCUCUGGGCUGAAUUAGCUGCAGAAAACGAUAGACAAACAGUUGUAUUGAUGGAAUGUAGAAGCAGACAUGUUUUUAGUGGAAAGAAGAAGAUAUGAUGUCUCUGGGUCUGCUGCAUCAGUCAGCCUUGAACUGUUUGGAGGGAGUUCAACAGCGUUUCAGUUUCCAUAAACAGCACAUGCGUAGCUUAGCAGAUCUGUGUAAAGCUGCUAAUGAAAAGGAAAUCUGAGUCCUCCUUCUUCUGUUUUGUGUAUUUCAGUUUAUUACUACAACUUUGGGUGGAAAGAUUAUGGUGUUGCAUCUCUGACUACAGUCCUGGACAUGGUGAAGGUUAUGUCAUUUGCUAUCCAAGAAGGAAAACUGGCCGUCCACUGCCAUGCUGGUCUUGGAAGAACUGGUGUGUAAACACUUACUGUUUGGAAUUGCUGAAAUCUUAGUUGAUGCUUUUAAAAACGUCCAUUCUGUCUAACUUGUUUUUUGUCCAUAGGUGUGUUAUUGGCUUGCUACUUGGUUUUUACGUCUCGUAUGAAUGCUGACCAAGCCAUUCUGUUUGUGAGAGCCAAGAGACCUAACUCCAUCCAGACCAGAGGCCAGCUCCUGUGUGUCAGGGAGUUUGCUCAGUUCCUGGUCCCUCUUCGAAGCGUUUUCUCCUGUGCAGAACCAAAAGCUAGUGCUGUCACCUUGUCCCAGUACCUCACCCGGCAGAGUCAUCUGCUGCAUGGCUACGAGGCUCGACAGAUGAAGUUUGUGCCAAAGAUCGUCCAGCUGGUUUGCCGGCUUCUCGUAGAUAUCGCAGCCAACAGACAAGUGGUGAUUGAGGAAGAGUGGCUGGAGAUCCCUGACCUCACUGCUGAAGUAGAAAAGACUGUUUCCCAGCAGGCUCUGCAGCAACUUGGGAAGGAGAUGAGAGGAAAGGGAAUUCCUGUUACAUCCUGUUCCCCUCAUCCUCUCAACCUGAAUGCCCUGCAGUCCAGACCUCCACAAGAUCAACCCAGUGAUAAUGAGCUUGAUCCACUGUGGCAGGAGGAGAUUAUAGAGAGCCCUCUGAAGUCUCUGCUGUCCAACAAAAAGAGUCUCAGUAACAGUGAUUCUGUCCUUUACAGACCGGGACCACAGCAGUACCAUCCAGAAAAUUUGAAGAGCUACAAACCAAUCAACUGCCUGAACAAACAUUCCUUCUCUCACAGCAGCCUUUCAGGCUGUAACGCCCACAUGCAUGACCUCUCCUCUCAGGACUUCACCAGCAUCAUUCAAGACCCCAAACCAGGGACAAAUCAGAGCACAGGAUCACCCUCUUCAAGAAAGAAGCUCCAGAAGUGGCAUCAAAGUUUGUCUUUAGAUCUGUCAGAGCAGAGAAGGAAAUCCCACUGUUAUGUUCCACUUGCAGCCUUAUCAACCAGAAGCAAACUGCUUACCAGUGAUGUGAAGGCGGGUGGGGAUGUGUCAGCAGAUGGUGCAGAAAAGGAGGUCUUCACUGAAGUUCCCUUCAUCACUCUCCAGUCUGAACUCUCUGCAGAGAACAGACAGCUGCUGGUGGCCAAAGCUUUGGCCAUGGACCUGAUGGACAAUGAUCUAACCUCCAAGGUGUCACAGUGGCAGGUAGAGUACAACAUUCAUUAGUCCCUACAAUACUGUAGGGCUGCAGCUAUCAAAUACUUAAGUAACCGAGUAUCUACCUGAUAUUCCAUCGUUUAAUCGGAUAAAAUCUUUUUUAAAAUUUUAGUUAUGGUGUAAUUAUCGUGGAACAAUUGCGGAACAAGCGUGAAAGUUAGCGGAUUGCAAUGCUUGUAAGAAAGCUAAUUAUGAUAUUAACUUUUAGCAUGUCCGUAAAGACAUUAGUGUCCGAGACCUGAAUAGCUCCUAUGUUACCUGCUUCUGCUACUACACUGGCAAUGUUAGCCUGCAAGCUAGCAUGAAGAGGAUUGUGCAGAGCAGCGUUGUCUCCGCCCACGACUCAGAGGAGAAUUGCUAAUGAGCUACUGGAGCUCUGCAGAAGAAAAGCCCCUCUCAUCAUCUGUUCUUUUUUUUCACUCCACAAAACCAAAACUGCACUUACUCCUCCUUCUUCUGUGGUGAUGUAAGCGCGUUGUGUUGCCUUGAAAAUAAAUGAAACAGUUACAAUUUGAGCUUAUCAACGAGCUCAAAUCGGGGAAGACAAAAUUCCACAAUCAUUUUUUGUAAUCGAGUUACUGGAGGAAUCGUUUCAGCCCAACUAUAUACCACUAUCAUGCAGUGAUGCAGAACUUUUACUAGACACUGGACUAGUAGUUUUAGACCUUUCUACAGUCUUAAGACAUUGAUUCUGAGGAUGUAAGCGGGACCUUGGGUCUCUGUAGGACACUAUGUCGAGUGAGGGAUAGUCAAAAAUUUUCUGUAAAACCCAAAUUUGUUGUUCCCACAUUUUGGUUUUCCCACAGUUAAAAGAUAUAAUAUGUAAUGUAUGCAUCAUGAGUGGGUUGUUGGAAGUGAUUGGAACCCCAGCAGAGAGCGCAGGACCUCUGCAAACAUUUAGACUGAGAGAUAGAUAAAGCAGGUCCGCAUGAAUCAGUCCAGCAUCUGGUUGAGUUUUCCUGUCUUUGUAACUGUCCCUUGUAUCUUUUCUUUUUCUGUUUAUCAGUCCUUAAAUGCUGCUACACUCCAUAUUAUGUUCUGUUUACUUCAUGCAUCAUCUUCAAGGUCGAUGCUGAUUUUCAUUUCCCUCUGCACAUUUAUAUGAUUACAGUCAGUCUGCCACAAUCAAAGCCAUAACAUUUCAUGAAUUUAAGUGAUUUUGACAGAAAGGAAGAUCUGAGUUAUCCUGUUAAGAAUAAAUGGAAGAAGAUAGGGUAUAAUAAUGAUAGUAAUCAUAGAUAAUUUUAAAUGGAUUUAUAGCACUUUUGCUGCCUGGUGUCACUCUAAACAGACUUCCAUCAGUUACAGGUUUAACAGAUCAAGCUGAUUGAACCUGCUUAUUUUUACCUGGAGGCACUUGAUUUAAAAUCAGUUCUUUGACAGAGUUUUACGACUACUUCAUGAUUUACAGAUGGAGCUGAACACCAAAGAAGGAGCAUGGGAGAGGCUGUGCUUGGAGAGAGAUCCUCUGGUUCUGUCCUGCCUCAUGUGGUCCUGGCUGGAGCAGCUGAAGGAUCCAGUUAUCAGCAGUGAGGAUAUAAAAGCUCUCAGCGAGAAGAAUGUAAAUCCAGAAAACGCCCUUAACUCUCUGGGAAAGGUAGCUGGGUUAAAUCAUUUCUUCAGCAUCACUGUGCAAAGCAAACUAUUUUAAUACUUUUUAACUAUGUAGUGUCUUAAAAGCAGCUCAGUUGUGCAUUUUCAUCUCUACAAAUUUACAGCACAGCUAAAAAGAUGAACUUCAUGGCCUUUCCAUGAAAUUUCUAAAGAUCAAAAAUGUCGUCUUGUGGUUUGAUAGUUUUACAUUCUCUUCUUUGCUGACAGGGACACAGACUCACUCUGCUGUGCAUCCUGGACUGCGCUGCUCAUUUACUGCUGAUGCCUGAAGAAGUGGAGACCAGUUUUAUUAACCAAACAAUAAAAGUGUUUACAAAGGUGAGGACGAUCAAGAGAGUGCACAGAGACAAAAAAAUGUACAGAUGUUUUUGUAUUAGGGAUGCACCAAGUUACAUUUUUUCACAGCCGAUCCUGAUUACUGAAUUUGGAUAUCUGCUGAUACUUUUCCGAUACCAGCGCUCUGUUAGCUUUACCAUCAUUAUGAUCAUUAUUGUUUAUUUUAUAUGAACGUUUAUGUACGUAUUAAAUCAGCGAAAUUGGGCAGACAUCUGAAGUCCAAACAUCUGUAGUAAAGCUCAGGACUGGAACUCCUUUUAACUUCUCAGCUAACUUGGUUGACACUCGGACGUAUAGUUCAGGUAGUGCAGUCCAUGAUAAAAAUCUCCUGGAUGGUAAAUUAUACCCUGACUGCAAGUGUUCAAUCAGGCUGCAAACCCUUCGUUUUCCACCACUGAUAACGGUUGGUCAUCGAGUAGGAUGAAGUUGAGCAACUUCUCAGUAAUCCCUUCAUAUUUCACGCUGUCUGCUGGAAGUUUACCUUGCUUUUAGAUUGACUCAAGAAGUAAUUCCUUGCGGCUCUUUUCCUCUUUCUGUCCCCCGGCUAAAAAUCCUCAUGCUCUUUCAUGUGGUGCUUUUUCAAAUGUUUGAUUACUUUUAGUGGUAUUGAACGUUGCGACGGCGGUUCCGCCUCUCGGAAUAAUGGCUUUGCAGACAUUGCACGUUGCUGUCUUACUUUGAAGCGUUUCGACUGUAAAAUAUUUCCACACAGCAGACAUGUUGUUUGGAAAAGUUUGCCAGCCCUAGUGCUGCUUAAUGCUAGCCUGAUAGCUGCCUGGCUGCAAACUGCAGAAUGGAUUUCUUGAACGGGGGCGUGUCUCAUCUUUGUGUCUCAUUGAGACACACCUCCGCUCAGGAAACCCAUUCCGCUGUUUGUACAGUCAUUUCAGCAGACAAAGUUACUGCAAAGACAUGACUUAUGGAUCGGAAAUUGUCACUGGUUGGAUCAGAAAUUUACCGAUCCAUGAAUUAUGCUUGUAUUGGAACCCGAUACCGAUACUGGAUCAGAUCGGCCCCAUCCCUAGUUUGUUUGCAUCAUUUAGUUAUUCUCUCUCUUUUUUCAGAUUGACCCUGCCUCAGAGGAGAGUAAAUCUUUGUACGGUACACUUAAAGAAAUCCUGGCCCCCAUUCUACAUGAGCUGCAUGACAAAGCUGUUGAGGAGAAUGAAAACUCCUGA